AUGUCGCGAGCGAAAUGGGAAUCACUGUCGAAGGGGCAAAGCUAAAGUGGCGAGGACUCAGGGACACGUUCCGGAAAGAAAUGUUCAAAAACGCCAAAAACGCACGCAGAGGACAAGAGUCGGGCUGGAUCUACUAUCAGCAGAUGAAGUUCGUCACAAACCAUUGCCGUAAAUCGAAAUGCGGCAAGCGGAACAAGAAUGAAUUGAAGUACCAGGCGCCGGAGGUCAAAGAGGAGGAAUUUGUACAUGAAUAUCAGGACUCGGUCGACUCCGUCUGUUCAUCUCCGAUCGUUUUCGAAUUGUGUGAACCGGCUGAACAACAGCCUAAAGCAGCACCGCGGCAUGAGUCGGUUGUUCCGGUAAACGCAUUCCCAAGUGAAAGCCCCGCACGCGCACCGUAUGAACCGGAGCAGACCGUACAGUCAUUGCAAAUCAACAGCUCUACCUCGAUUUCCGAAGAAGCCGAUUACUAUUUCCUCAUGAGUUUACUGCCCUAUCUCCGAAAGGUGCCAACGAACAGAAAAAUGUUGGUUCGAACCAAACUACAGCAGGUGUUUUGCGACGAAGAAGCACGUUCCUAA